AAUCGAUGGUUGCCAACAAUACAUUCGUAAAGCACCGAACUAUCUAGCCCUUGAAUCAAGCACAUUGAUAUUGGCUUAUACAAUGCAGAGAGUUAAGGACCUUUCUCGUUGCAGAUCACCUGCUGAAUUCAGAUGUACACGCCUUUUGCAAAGACAUUGCCAGUUUGGCUCACACCUGACGCGGCCUGUGAACCCACACAGAAGCUGGAAACGUAUUGGCCGACUUUGUGCACAGAAUGCACUGAGUUUGAAGCCUGCAGAGGGGUCCUUUCCAAGGCCCCCACAGCAAUUGUCAAGAGAUGACUCCAGUGCAGAGAGCACUAGCGGCAGGACUGAAGACGAUGGCUGGUUCAUGGACUUCCUGGGAAUGUCCUUGCGAUACCUGCAGGCCACCACUGACAGGCGGCCAAAGGCGCAGUCAGGGGCGCAGAAAGGCGACGGAGGUUUCAAUUUUGGCGAUUUCUUGAAGGGCGAUCUUCCAGGGAAGCUGGGCAUCAUCUUGGCUCUGAUAGUGUUCUCCAGAGUGGGGGUUUACAUGCGGCUUCCAGGAGUGGAUGCCGACAGAUUUGCAGAGACUGUGCAGAGUGGAGGCAUCCUCGGCUACAUCGAUGCCCUGUCGGGCGGCUCAAUCUCAAGGGUCGGCAUCUUCUCCCUAGGAAUUGUACCAUACAUCAAUGCCUCCAUCAUCCUGCAGCUGCUGGCCACCACCUUCCCAUCGCUGAAGAAGCUGCAGCGCGAGGAGGGGCCCCAGGGGCGGGCGCGCUUCCAGCUGUACCAGAAGCUGCUGGCGCUGGCAGCGGCAGUGAUCCAGGCGGUGGGGCAGCUCACCUACAUCCGUCCAUUCGUGCCCGAGUGGGACGCCACCUGGCUCGUCGUCAACUCCCUCACGCUUGUCGCCGGCGCCAUGGUCCUUGUGCAUGUGGCGGACAUGAUCACAGAGCUGAAGCUGGGCAAUGGGACUUCCAUCCUGAUCACAGCCAACAUUGCGAGCGCGUUGCCGGCCAGCGUGGGUGCGGCCGUGCAGCAGGCGGCUGACAAGGAUUCCUCCAGCCUGCCCAUCUACGGGCUUGCCUUCUUUCUCACCACCCUCGGCAUUGUCUAUGUGCAGGAGGCUGAGCGGAAGAUCCCCAUGAACUAUGCCAGUCGCUACCGCAACUCGGCCCUCUCGCAGCAGUCGUACCUGCCCUUCAAGGUGAAUGCCACUGGUGUCAUGCCGGUCAUUUUCUCAUCAACGCUGAUGUCGCUUCCUACGGGCCUUGCUCGAUACGCGCCCUGGCUGGAGCCCGUGGCGGCUGCUCUUGGGCCCACCGGCUUGCUCUACCUGCCAAUCAACGUGCUGCUGAUCGUGCUGUUCAACUACUACUACACCUUCCUGCAACUGGACCCCAAGGACAUGUCGGACCAGCUCAAGCGCGCGGGCGCCUCCAUCCCGGCCGUGCGCCCGGGCCGCGCUACAGCGGACUACAUCACCAAGACCCUCAAUCGCAUGUCCAUCCUCGGCUCCGCAUUCCUCGGUGCCCUCGCCGCCGCCCCGCCCCUGGUGGAGAGCGUCACCGGCCUGCAGGCGUUCAGGGGUUUUGCCGGUACCAGCAUCCUGAUUCUGGUGGGUGUGGCCACGGACACAGCGCGGAGGGUCAAAGCAGAGCAGGCCAUGCAGCGCUACAAGGACUAUGACAACCUGUAUGACGACAUUUAGACUGACCUUGAGUGCGUUGGGGAUUUGCCGCCGGUUGAGUAGCUGGAUGCUGGUCGGCACAUGCCAUGCUGGCUGACUUGGGGAGUGAUGAAAUAAGCAUAACUUAAGCAUAACUUAAGCACUUGAAGUGGUGGCAGCUGGACUUCGAUUGUUAUCUAUGAAGUACAUGAGGGUCUUGCCGCCAUUUCCAAUCAUACCAUCACCGUGACGGCCUCAAUGCAACGUGUAUGUACAUGCUUGCACUGACUCAGCACUGACUCAAGUCGGACUUGAGAACUUGCAGAUCAAGCUGACUAUAGUACUCCUGAUUAUGGAAUUUUGUGUGAGCGCAAUAUUACCAAAACCAAAUGUUCCGCAACAUGGGAACCAUUACUGAAGCAGGAUGCAUGUUAAGAUGAUGC